CUAUUUUUUUACUAUUAAUUGUUUUUACGAGUGAAGACUUUAAAAAUUUAAAUCUUUAUAAAUUUGCAUUAGAUUAAUAAUAUAAUAUUGCAAAUGAAUUUCAAAGGCUCUGAAUUUAUGAAGUAAGAACAAAGUCUAUAAAAAUAAAAAUGCAGCAACAAUUAGAUAGUUUAAUAAAAUAAAAAUGGCUUUUUUGAUGAGGAAUUUUCAAAAAAGAAAGAGAAGAGAAAUCGAAAAUUUUUCUUAAAGAAGUCUAUCUCAAUAGUAUAGAUUUGCAAAUAAACUGGCCAACUCGACUUGCAAUUAGGGUCUGACUUUUUACAUAUAGAGAUAAUGCAGGGGGGUCAUUUUCCUUUGAAUUAAUAUAAUUUCAAAGAUAUCCCUUCUGAGAUAUAUCAUAAUGAUUAAGAAUGCCAAUCAUCGAAUAUUAAUACAAGUCUAUAAUAAGCUUCAAAGAGCCUUCUGAAAAAGGUAAGAACAUUUUAAUCAGCAUUAAUUUGUAAAUCUUUAACAUAAAUUUAAUAAUAAUUAGAUGUUAACGAACCAAGUUAAAAUUUCAAUAUUACAGAAAAUUAAAUUACUCAAUCCAAAAAAUAAUAUUUUGAUCAAUUUCAAAACAAAGAUAAUAAUUAAUUCACUCGAGAAAUCGAAUAAGCCAAGCACACUUUAUGGAAUCAACAUUAAACUAUUUAAUUAAUUCUUUAAUGA